UUUUAAUCUGCAUCACCAUCCCCGCUCCCCCCUACAGGGUAGCACGUGAAGAAUCUUCGUUGCAGUUCAAGUAAAUAAUGUAAGCGAAAGUUUAGGGCGGGAGAUGGGGCAGAAAUUGAGCUGUGGGGAGACCCUUGAACACGGGUUCUUCACUGCAGUUCAAAAUGGAUAGCUUGAAGUAGUUAAAGCAAUGGCUCUUGAGGACCCAACUGUUCUAUUGAAGUUUAGCGCUGCUCGUGGUCAUGGAAAGCUCUCUGCUUUGCAUGUGGCCGCUGGCAAUGGGCAAACCGAGGUUCUCUGUAUGUUUUUGGAUAAGGGGUUAAAUCCAGACAUCUUGAAUCACCACAAACAAACCCCAUUGAUGGUAGCUUCUAUCCAUGGAAAAGUUUCAUGUGUGGAGAGGCUAAACGAGGCAGGAGCUAAUAUUCUAGUGUUUGAUUCACUACAUGAGAAGACGUGCUUGCAUUAUGCUGCGUACUAUGGCCACUAAGAUUACAUUAAUUCUAUCCUCUGCUGCCCAAUCUACCCAUGUUGCACAGUCCUGGUUACUUACACAUAUCAUCUUUCUGUAUUUUGUGGUUGUUGUUGUUUAAUUUGUUUCUCAGAGUGUAUCAUAUCAUAUCAGUGGGGUAAGGGGGGGUCGGACCGUCAGAUGUACGCACUCUUACACCUAUACUAAAGCACAGAGAGACUGUUUCCGGGUGUCUCAGAGUGUAUAUACACUAGCAAUGAUGCAUCUAGAUUAGGCAUCAUGUACUCCAGUACUAGCAUUGUUCUGAAAAUGCAUAUCAUUUGACCCUGAU